AUGCCGCUCGGAGGGACGACGGAGAAAUGCAAGGCAUGCGAGAAGACAGUGUACCCGAUGGACCAGCUGACCCCCGACGGCGGCACCUAUCACAAGUCCUGCUUCAAGUGCCACCACUGCAAAGGAACCCUCCAGCUUGGUAGUUAUUAUUCUUUCGAAGAUUCAAAGCCAGGUCCGGAGCUGACUAGGCCUCCAAGCAAAGCGGCCAGCAUGUUUUCCGGCACACAGGACAAAUGUGUCACUUGCAGCAAAACAGUAUAUCCUCUUGAGAAGGUUUAUUGA